CAAAAGAAAUUAAAAAUAAAAGAAAAUAACUUUUUAAAAAACCCUUUAAUUGGUUUCGGCAGAUUCAACUGGGAAAAAAAAUAAAAUCCCAAACUCAUAAAAAUUCUCAAUUUCAGAUCUUGUUCAUUCGAAACUCAAGUCUCCAGCAAGUUUGCGGAUAAGCCCACUUGAUUUUUUUUCAACAAUCCGGAUCGAGAUUUACUGUUAGAUCUGCAAAUUAGUGAUUUAAUUGAACUGGGUAUUUUUAAUUACAGCGAAUUGGUUCUGAUUAUGUGAAGAAAUGUUGGGUUAAAUUGAGUUUAACAUGGAUUUUGAGGUACCUGUUAGGAGGAAGUGUCGGUUUGGAUUGAAGUUGAGUGGUUUGGUUGAUGGGACUUGAAGAUUUUGGCUUGUUGGUUUGGAGCUGAGUUUCUUUUGUUUUUUUGGGGGUUAUAUUGUGAAAAAAAAAUUAAAAAAAAUGUUUUGGAGGGAACGUGAGCGGGAGAACAAUAGCAAAGAGCUGAAUGGUGGGCCACUUUGUGGGCAAGUUCGAGUUCUUGUUGUUGGCGAUUCAGGUGUGGGGAAAACUUCUCUUGUUCAUCUGAUUGUCAAUGGUUCUUCUGUUGUUCACCCUCCCCAAACAAUUGGAUGUACAGUUGCUGUGAAGCACAUUACUUAUGGAAAUUCCGGUAGCUCUUCAAAUAGCAUCAAAGGUGAUUCAGAGAGAGAUUUCUUUGUUGAACUUUGGGAUGUAUCAGGACAUGAGAGAUACAAAGAUUGUCGGUCACUUUUCUACUCGCAAAUUAACGGUGUAAUAUUUGUUCAUGAUCUCUCUCAGAGAAGGACAAAAACAAGCUUGCAGAAAUGGGCAGCUGAGAUUGCUGCUACUGGGUCAUUUUCAGCUCCUCUGGGUUCUGGAGGUCCUGGUGGUCUUCCUGUGCCAUAUAUUGUAAUUGGUAACAAAGCAGAUAUUGCUGCAAAAGAGGGUACAGGAGGAAGCAGUGGCAAUCUUGUUGAUGUCGCUCGUCAUUGGGUCGAGAAACAGGGUUUGCUUCCAUCUAGUGAGGAACUUCCUCUGACUGAAAGUUUCCCUGGCAGUGGAAGCCUUAUUGCGGCUGCCAAAGGAGCGAGAUAUGACAAGGAAGCUUUGUUGAAAUUUUUUCGUGCGUUGAUCAGGAGAAGAUAUUUUUCAGAUGACUUACCGGCAUCAAAUCCAUGGUCCAUUCCCCCUGUUCAUAGAUCUGUUCAAAGAUUAGAUGAAAAUUUCAGUGACGAGGAAAAGCCAUACAACACUAAAAGUUUUAGCAGCAAUCUGUACAAGCACAACAUGCUUCCUCCUCUUCCAGCGCAGCGCAAUCUCACGCCACCUCCAACGUUGUAUCCUCAGCAGCCAGUUUCGGUGCCUGAGAAUUAUAGCCUCCCAAGAUUUUCCCUGAGCAGUUCCCAGGAAAUCAGCAACACUGCUCGGUCAAAGCGCACUGAUAUAAACGUCUAAUCAUUUUGGCUUACAAUGAGUGAGAUUUUACCAGGAGGUACUUCAUAUUUUUGCUUUACGAUUCUUUUGCCUGAUUGUUCUGCUUGUAAAAACCUGGCUCGUCGUUUCUUUUACAUCUCUAAAGCCUAUGUAUAAUGUAUAAAAUGAUAUUCGUCGAUGGAAAUUACAUUUAAUUCUUUUUAAUUGAACUCUUUCUCUUUUCUAA